CGGGCCAGGGGCCGGCGGGAGGAGGGCGCCGCGGGCGAGGCGGCGGCCCGGGCGCGCGGCCUGAUGCUGUGUCGGUGCGCGCAGGGGAGGCGGGCGCGGGCCGCCCCCCCGAAGCCGGCCGUGCCCGCCGCGUGGACGCUUUUCAUGGCGGCCGAGGAGAUGCACUGGCCCGUCCCCAUGAAGGCCAUUGGUGCCCAGAACUUGCUGACCAUGCCUGGGGGUGUGGCCAAGGCUGGCUACCUGCACAAGAAGGGUGGCACCCAGCUGCAGCUGCUCAAAUGGCCUCUGCGCUUCGUCGUCGUCCACGAGCGCUGCGUCUACUACUUCAAGAGCAGCACGGCCGCUUCCCCGCAGGGCGCCUUCUCGCUGCGUGGCUACAGCCGGGUGAUGCGGGCAGCUGAGGAGACGACGUCCAGCAACGUCUUCCCCUUCAAGAUCAUCCACAUCAGCAAGAAGCACCGCACAUGGUUCUUCUCUGCCUCCUCUGAGGAUGAGCGCAAGAGCUGGAUGGCCUUGCUGCGCAGGGAGAUUGGCCACUUGUGUGAGAAGAGGGAGCUGCCUCUGGAUGCCAGCGACUCCAGCUCAGACACAGACAGCUUCUACGGUGCCAUCGAGCGGCCCGUGGACAUCAGCCUCUCUCCGUACCCCACUGACAAUGAAGACUACGAGCACGACGAUGAGGACGACUCUUACAUGGAACCCGACUGCCCCGAGUCCGGGAAGCCCGAGGAUGCCCUGAUCCACCCACCGGCCUACCCCCCACCUCCGGUGCCCACGCCCAGGAAGCCUGUCUUCUCUGAUGUGCCCCGGGUCCACUCCUUUUCCUCCAAGGGUCCAGGCCCUCUGCUGCCACCUGCACCCCCUAAGCGUGGCCUCCCCGAUGCCGGCCCGGCCCCCGAGGACUCCAGGAGGGAGCUGCUGGGCCCGAGGUGGCUCGAGCCCGGCCCCAGGGUGUCCACUCCCUCUCGGAGGGUGAGUGAACCCCCGCUGGGCGGCCUGCCUGCCGUGCCUAGCCGGAAGCCACCUUGCUUCCGCGAGGAUGCCAGCUCCGGCCCAGAGCCCCGGGUCCCUGGCCAUGGCGCCAGCUCUCCCUCUAGCUCUGCCAGUGCAGCCGCUACCACCUCCAGGAACUGUGACAAGCUCAAGUCCUUCCACCUGUCCCCUCGGGGGCCACCCACACCUGAGCCCCCUCCUGUGCCGGCCAACAAGCCCAAGUUCCUGAAGGUGGCUGAAGCGGCCCCCCCGAGGGAGGCAGCCAAGCCUGGACUCUUCGUGCCCGCCGUGGCCCCCCGGCCUCCCGCACUGAAGCUGCCCACGCCCGAGGCUACAGCCCGGCCCGCGAUUCUGCCCAGGCCAGAAAAGCCGCCCCUCCCCCACCUCCAGAGAUCACCCCCCGACGGGCAGAGCUUCAGGAGCUUCUCCUUUGAAAAACCCCGGAAACCCACGCAGGCUGACACGCCGCAGGCGGACGCUGGUGGGGAGGACUCUGAUGAGGACUACGAGAAGGUGCCACUGCCCAGCUCAGUUUUCAUCAACACCACGGAAUCUUGCGAAGCAGAAAGGCUGUUCAAAGCCACGAGCCCCCGGGGAGAGCCCCUGGACGGCCUCUACUGCAUCCGGAACUCCUCCACCAAGGCGGGGAAGGUUCUGGUCGUGUGGGACGAAACCUCCAGCAAAGUGAGGAACUACCGCAUCUUUGAGAAGGAGGCGAAGUUCUUCCUGGAGGGCGAGGUCCUGUGUGUGAGCGUGGGCAGCCUGGUGGAGCAUUACCACACUCACGUGCUGCCUGGCCACCAGAGCCUGCUGCUGCGGCACCCCUAUGGUUACGCCAGGCCCAGGUGA